GCUCAAUGUCAAUGUGCUCGACGUGCAGAACGGAGUCGGAGUCUUGAUUGGCUGGAGAUUCAAUGGUGCAGGCCAUGGCAACGACGAGACAGUUCCGGAGGGCUUCGUUCGCAUCCGCUUUGCCGCUUACGAGUUGCGUCAGAACCCCUGCUUGAACGUUGCUGCCCGGCAAGUGACCUUCGUUCCCAAGGAGGACGUGGUCCUCAAAGAGCAGCGCAUCGGCGUGCGGGUGCGGAGGGGGCCGGACUGGAAGUGGGGGAACCAAGAUGGAGGUGCUGGAAACUGGGGCACCACCGUGGUGGACUCUGAUCCGGACAUGCCACUUCGCUGGAUCAAAGUGCAGUGGGACCAUGGCGAGAAGAAGUCAUAUCGGGUCGGCGCGGAGGGCAAGUACGAUUUAAUCUUUGCAGUCGAAGAUGGCGAUGUCGUCGAGGAGACAGAACCC